CAGUAGUUGUGAAACUCGCGGAAAAUCUCUUCAAUAUUUCAGAGGUUUGUUUCCAACGUCCGCUCUCUUACUGUUAUUUGGAGAAGGACGAUUGUUUUGUUAUUGAACAAACACUGGCAUCUCCAAGUACUCUGUAUCUAACAGAAUGCCGCCUGUUGAAAUCCAGUGGUGUGAUCAUUCUUCAGUGCUUUUAGAGUAUCUGCGCCAGCUGUAUGAAGAAGGACGUUUUGUUGAUGUUGGUUUAGAAUGUGAAGGUCGGCAAGUCAAGGCUCACAAGGCUGUUAUUUCUGCAUGCAGUCCAUAUUUAGAGGGUCUGCUGAAGGGCAACCCAGCUAGAAGUCAUCUCAUCAAAUUUAAUGGAUAUUCAUACAACAGUCUUCGAGCAGUUAUAGACUUCAUGUACAAUGGGAAAGUGAUGGUGGAACAGGAACAUCUAGCUGCUUUCCUCAAGCUGGGUCGAGCUCUCCAGGUGCGAGGGAUCCUUGAUAUUGCUGCCCAAUGUGAGGAGGCUGGCCUAACUACUGCAGAGGAGACAAAAUCUAAUGCACAGUAUAGCACUACAGUUCAACAACCACCCAAAUCUGCUGCACAGCCGCCUGGAAAGAUGGUUCAACAGGCCCCUGCCACGGGAGAAACUAAGGCAGAAACUAAAAAAUAUGCUUUUCUGCUGGACAAAGGUUCAUCCAACACUGCUAAGAAACCUGGACCGCAGUUCCGCAAAGUGAUGCCAAAUAUUAUUGGUACAGUGGACCAGCAAGGCAAUAUUAACAAAGUAACAAGCAUUGGUGCUGCACAAGUGGCACAGCAGCAGCAGCAGCAGCAACAACAGCAACAGCAGCAGACUGUCCACCAGCAGGCAGUGCAGCAGACACAACCACAGCAGACAGUCCAGCAGCAGGUACAAGAGGAGCAAGCACAACAACUCCAUCAGCCAGAGGAAGGUGUGGGUGGGGGCCACCACACCCACCAGCAUCAGCAGCAGCAGGAGGCAUCACCCACUACACUUGAGGAACUGCAACAAGCCCUGUCAUCAGGCCAAGCUAUCCUUCAGACGGCAGACAAUGGCUCAGAGCAGACCCUCCAGAUGGUUGAAGGACAAUGCGUGGUUACUGGUUCUGGUCAGACGUAUGUUGUUGUGCAAGAAGGCGACAACAUCAGUUUUGUGCCAGCUGAAAUGGUGCAAGGUGACCUGGGUGCUGCAGUCAAUGGUGGCCAGGUUGUGGAAGGGUUGGACCCAGUCGAGCAACAGUUGGCACAGAUGGAAGGUCAAGUACUUACACACAACCAGGAAGCAAGUGGAGUGCCAAUAACAUCAAGUGGAGCAGUUGUAGGGGAUUCAGGUGCAUUAGAAACCAUGAGUGUUGUUGAGUCCUUGGUCAAGCUAGGAGAAAAGCAACCUACAGAAAAUGAGAACGGUUCUAAUGAAGAGGCAACUGAAGUGGGGCCCGAUAUGCCAUGCCUUGAUGGAGACGGCCCAGAUGACCGAGCUGAGGUUGGUGCCUCUAUGCCUUGCCUAGGAGAUGUAGCAGAGGAAGAUGCAGGUGUUACCUCUGCAAAUACAGAUGGAGCAGAUGCAGAAGGGGCAGGGGAUGAAGAUGCAGAUGAAAUUGUGGAUGGUACUGCAGGGGAAGAUACUGGAAAGCGACGGAGACAACCUUCUCAGAAGAUGAUUGAGGCCAUGGGUAUGCUGAAAAGAAAAGUUCCAGAAUCUCCCACUCAAGGGAGAGGUAAAAAAUUGAAAAACUAGAUACUGCAUCUUUUGUUUCUGCAAAGUGUUGUUUAGAGUAAGUCCAGACUGUUGGGAAAUCCUUGACGAAGGCCGCAGUUGUGUUCAGCACAGGAUCUGUUGUCUCACAUUAACUCAAAUUCUUUCAACUCUUGAUCCUGUGUUAUUAGACAUAUUUUAUUAUAUUGGAAUAGUACAUGUGUGCACCUUCCUUGUAUUUCCUGCAAGUCUUUUUGUACAUAUUUGUUUAGCUCAAGAUAUGCUUAAAAAUCCUGACAAAAGUAAGCAUAUAGUAUUUCAGCUAUGGAUAGAUACCAAAUACUUUUGUGUGUUUAAUUUUUUUUUGAGUGGCACUUGUCAUUGAAAUUCUAAAUACUUGUACCUUUUUUCUGGGUGUUAUAAGGUAUGUUUUCAGCCAAUCAUCAUAAAAAUUAUUAUUUUCUAUCAUGUUUAACCCAAUGAUACCAGCUUCUUUUUUAAACAAAAUAUCACUAUCAUGUUAUCAUUGUCAUUCCAAUUCAUAUCACACACCUUAAGUAUUGUACGCUGACGUUUUUAUUAUUAUUACACUAUUAUAAUAAUAAUGAUCAUUAUUAUUAUUAUUAUUAUUAUUAUUAUUAUUAUUAUUAUUAUUAAAUGUGUACAUGUUGAGCAGUGAGCAUGUCAAGAAUAUGCUGCAUAAUGGCUAAAAUAUUGAUGGAUAUACACCUAAGUGUUAAUGCUUAGUGAUUUAUUUCCUACCAUUCUCUUUUAGGAAAGUAAUAAAACAUUGGUAUCCAGUUGAUAGUUUAGCUUAUAUGGAUGGGACCAGUUGCUUGACUCAGGCACCCUAAUACUGCUUCAUCACUAUCAUCUCCAUUUUCAUAAAUAAUUAUUAAAUUGACUAUGGCUGCCUCUAUUUUUUCCCUUUAAAAUUAUUUCCUAAAACUUUUAUCGUAUUCUGUAUUUGUGAAAAUCAGUGAUGUAUAUUUUUAUGACCUUUUUUUCUUUUCUUUUUUUUUUGCAUUGGCUCUGAUAGCUAAGUAGAGUACUGUGUGUGUUUUAUCAUGUCGCUGGAUGGGUACAAGAUAACUGCCUAUAUCAGAUGACUGUAGACAACAAUUAUUUCUGUACAGUAGUCAGUUGAGGCAUGUGCCCACCACCUCAUUCAUUAUUACCAAUUGGCUUUAAUGUUUAGUAAUUGAACAAUGCAAAGUGUCAUUAGCUCAUUAUGUAAUGAAUUAUACAAACCAUUUGAAUAUUAAAUAGGCAAAACUACAGAUUUACGAGUCUCGAGGAAAAAGAUGUGAACAUCUCGAGUUGCUUGUAACUGGUACACACGAGUGAAAAUUGGUGUAAAAACAAAAAAUGGAAUACCAUCUGAAAAAGGAAUGUAAUGUGCAUCUGAAGAAACAUUAAGAUAACUUAUAAUUAUUGAGGGCUAAGGGCGUGAGUAGCAGAGAUCAAAGUGGUUAAGGGAGAUGUUGAUGGUGGUGCUCUAACUGGCAAGUGAGGACAAGUGACUUAGUACUUAAAUACAUUUACAACAUUAUUGCUGUCUAACUACUCUUAUUCUACUAAAGGUUAAUUGUGUAAUUUUUUGGGUAUGUUCUAAAAACAUUUAGUUUUUCAAACAUUUAAUGAUAGCUUAAUACAUUGGUCCUUAAGCUGUAUAAAGGUAGUAAACUACCUCUUGUAGUAGUUAAGGUUCACAAUGGAAAGAAUGUUAUAAUUAAUUUCACUUUACAUUGUAUAAAUAUUAAUUUAGCCUCAAUUUUGUUAGAAGUUUUGACAAAGAAAUUUAUUAAUUAGCAUAAAAUAAUUUAACAGUUCAUUAAACAAAAUCGUUGUCUUUGAGUGUAUAUACUGAUGGUACAGUAGUGGUACAACAUGGUCCCAACACCCAGAAUACACUGAUGUACAGCAGUGGUACAACAUGGUCCCAACACCCAGAAUACACUGAUGUACAGCAGUGGUACAACAUGGUCCCAACACCCAGUAUACACUGAGGAUGGUACAGUAGUGGUACAACAUGGUCCCAACACCCAGUAUACACUGAGGAUGGUACAGUAGUGGUACAACAUGGUCCCAACACCCAGUAUACACUGAUGUACAGCUGUGGGACAACAUGGUCCCAACACCCAGUAUACACUGAUGUACAGCAGUGGUACAACAUGGUCCCAACACCCAGUAUAUACUGAUGGUACAGUAGUGGUACAACAUGGUCCCAACACCCAGUAUACACUGAUGUACAGCAGUGGUACAACAUGGUCCCAACACCCAGUAUAUACUGAUGGUACAGUAGUGGUACAACAUGGUCCCAACACCCAGUAUAUAAUGAUGGUACAGUAGUGGUACAACAUGGUCCCAACACCCAGUAUAUAAUGAUGGUACAGUAGUGGUACAACAUGGUCCCAACACCCAGUAUAUAAUGAUGGUACAGUAGUGGUACAACAUGGUCCCAACACCCAGUAUACACUGAGGAUGGUACAGUAGUGGUACAACAUGGUCCCAACACCCAGUAUAUAAUGAUGGUACAGUAGUGGUACAACAUGGUCCCAACACCCAGUAUAUAAUGAUGGUACAGUAGUGGUACAACAUGGUCCCAACACCCAGUAUACACUGAGGAUGGUACAGUAGUGGUACAACAUGGUCCCAACACCCAGUAUACACUGAGGAUGGUACAGUAGUGGUACAACAUGGUCCCAACACCCAGUGUAUACACUGAGGAUGGUACAAUAGUGGUACAACAUGGUCAUUACACCCAGUAUUCACUGAUGGUACAGCAGUGGUACAUGGUACAACACCCAGUAGACACUGAUGGUACAUUAGUGGUACAACAUGGUCCCAACACCCAGUAUACACUGAUGGUACAGUGGUGGUACAACAUGGUCCCAACACCCAGUACACACUGAUGGUACAGUGGUGGUACAACAUGGUCCCAACACCCAGUAUACACUGUUGGUACAGUAGUGGUA